AUGUCCGCUCCCCACGACACGCCCGCCCACAGCACCCACCCCAUCAACACCACCACGUCCGCCGACCCCCCACUCAAGGGCGACGCAACCGCCGCGCACCCUCCCCCGCAGAAGCCCGACCCAACCCUCGAGUCCAACAGCCAUGGCCCCUCCCAAGGCGGACAGUCCACCCCCCGUCCCUCCGCCGCCGCCGAACUCGCCCGUCUUAAAAGCACGCUGAAGGCCUCGCUCCGCCAGUUCAAAGACUUCCCCGAACCCGGCAUCCUCUUCGAAGACAUUCUGCCCAUCUUCGCAGACCCCGCGCUCCACGAGGGACUGCUGCGCGGUCUCGAGCUGUCGAUUGAGAAGCAGUUCGGCGCGACAGGUGCCAAGCCAGAUGUCGUCGUCGGACUCGAUGCGCGCGGCUUCCUGUUCGGGCCCAGCCUUGCGCUGAGGCUGGGCGCGAGUUUUGUGCCCGUCAGGAAGAGGGGCAAGCUGCCGGGUCCGUGUGAGACGGCGGAAUACAAGAAGGAGUAUGGCAGUGAUUUCUUCCAGAUGCAGGAGGGCGCUGUCAAGAGCGGGCAGAACGUGCUUAUUGUGGAUGAUAUUAUUGCGACUGGUGGCUCCGCAGCCGCAGCUGGUUCUCUGGUGAAGAAGCUAGGCGGAACUAUCAUGGGAUACCUUUUCAUUCUCGAACUCGAUUUCCUCAAGGGCCGCGACCAGCUCGACGCGCCUGUACACACAUUGCUCUCGGGCCAGGAGGAGAAGAUGGAGCAGUAG